UCAGGAAACUCACCCUACGGCUAGGGUUUAGGGUUUUCUUCUCCGUCUCUCUGAUCCUUUGCAAAGAGAUUCCACAGAGAGAGAGAGAGAGAGAGAGAGAUGAGAGAAAUACAGCUCUCGUUGAACAAAACCCAGAAAAUCAGGCUCCAGAGAGCUCUGGAAAAGCUCGAGUUCUUUUCUUCAAAGGUCAAUUCCAACGCCUCUGUCACCAUCGCCGAUUCCAUCCCUGUCAGCUACGAAGAUGGCGUCCUCAAGGGACAUGGAACCUUGGACCUCAAUGGGGAAGUGGUUGCGACGGUCUGUGGCGUGGUCGAGCGCGUGAACAAGCUCGUAUAUGUCCGCACAUUGCGGGCCAGGUACAAGCCGGAGGUCGGAGAUAUCGUAGUAGGGCGUGUUAGUGAGGUUGCUCCAAAGCGUUGGAGAUUGGACAUAAAUUAUAGCCAGAGUGCAGUUUUGAUGCUUUCUUCGAUGAACUUACCUGAUGGUAUCCAGAGGCGGCGAACUGCUUUGGAUGAACUCAACAUGCGCAGUAUUUUUGAAGAGGAUGAUGUUAUUUGUGCUGAAGUCCGUGGUUUGCAGCAUGAUGGCUUACACCUCCAAGCAAGAAGUCAGAAGUAUGGAAAGCUUGAGAGGGGUCAACUGCUCACUGUUCCUGCUUAUCUAGUGAAGAGACGGAAACAACAUUUCCACCAUCUAGAACGGUACGGAGUCGACUUAAUACUUGGCUGUAAUGGAUUCAUCUGGGUUGGUGAACAUGUUGAAGCCAAAGAUGAUAUGGUAGAGGAUCAAGUGAAUAAACCUGAAUGGCAGAAUGUUAAAUCGAAUAGCAAUUCGGGAACUCUAGAGGAGCAAGAACGGACCUACACGCCAAUAGAGACGAGGCGGAACAUAUGUAGGAUUGCAAAUGCUAUCCGGGUAUCUGCUAUUUUAGGCUUCAAUAUAACUAUGGAAGUGAUCAUGGAGACAGUUAACCUAAGCAGCUCUUUGAAUCUGGAUAUACAUGAGAUGCUUGGUUCAGAGUUCUGUGUUCUGGUUGCAGAGGGGGAGGCUGAAAGGAGAAGCAUAAAUAAAAAUGGAUGAUUCUAGUAUCCCAAUUAUGUGCCUAGUGUUUAGAGAAGCCUCCACAUCUCCCUCUUUCUUUCUAUUCUCUUUUUUGUUUAACUACUUACUCCAUGAAAGUUAGGAUGAGUGUCUUGUGGAGCGGAAAAAUCAAUCAUGUAACAUAAACAGAAUUGCAUUUUUCUUGAUCAUGGCAAUUAUUUUUAUUUUUCUUUAUUUUUUAAGCUA